CUUCACUGCUAAUUCCGAAUUAUUACGAGACGGAAUCUUUGAAAAAGGAUAAAUAAAUCGGCGAAGAAGGAACAAGGCAUACAGUCAUGGCAGCUCGGAUGACGUUGAGACAGGCAGGCGUUUCCAAUGUGGUGAUUGGCCUAGUCGCCGCAGGUGGCCUUUACACAGCAUACUCAUAUUUUCAACCCUCGAAGAAAAUAUUUGGAGCUGGAUUGGCUGGCGGGUUGAAACUACAGCAGGCAGAGGAUGUAAAUCACAAUACAAAGCGAUUACGAUUUUCGUUUCCGCGCCAAGACGAUGAGACAGGGCUCACAUAUGUGUCAUCUGUUUUAACAGUAUCUUGGCCAAAUGGAAGCAUCACUCCAGCGCUCAGACCAUAUACCCCAGUGAGCAAUCUCGAAAGUCCUGGUUCUAUCGAUUUCCUAGUCAAAAAAUACCCGGAGGGAAAAGUAAGCUCUCACUUGCACUCUCUACGACCAGGCGACUCCCUCUUUUUUGCUUUCCCUAUCAAAGCGUAUACUUGGGAGCCUAAUCGCUAUGAGCACAUCACGUUAAUCGCCGGUGGUGCUGGCAUUACACCGUUGUACCAACUCAUCCAGGGUAUUCUCAAUAACCCAGCCGAUCGGACCAAAAUGACAUUGGUUUUUGGUGUCAAUACUGAAAGUGAUAUACUCCUGCGUGACGAAUUUGAAACAUAUCAGAAAACGUUCCCCGAUCGUAUCAAGGUUGUGUACACGGUGAGCAAUAACUCUGUUAAAAGGUCCUCUUUCGAGUUUCGCAAUGGUCGUGUCACCAAAGAACUUUUGAAGGAGCUCUUGCCGCCAACAUCAAACGAUACCAAGGUCUUUUUGUGUGGACCGCCGGCAAUGGAAGAAGCAUUGACAGGGAAGCGAUGGGGUGAAGGCGGAAUUUUGGGCGAAUUGGGUUUCAAAAAGGACCAAGUCUUCAAGUUUUGACGAUCAAUGCGAUAGAGAAUCAUUUGUACUAUAUCUGUAGACAGUCUCAUUAACUACCACUCUAUUGAUGUCUUCUAUUUAUAAUUAAACAUUUUUGUUAACAAA